AUGGCUCUGCAACUCUGGGAAACACUGAAGGGGGCAAUCGUGGCACACACGGACCUAUCUUCCGCGACCUUCUUCUCACUCUUAGCUCUUCUCGUGGCCACUUAUCUUUUGGUUUCUGGGCGUUUUGGGCCGGCCGAUACGCACCACCAGCCCAGGAGCUUGGAGGAGAUGCACCCUCUGCCGCCGCAGGUCCAGGUCGACGAGAUCACCGAGGAGGAGCUGAAGAAGUACGAUGGCUCUGAUCCAAAGACUCUGGUUAUCAGUAGGGAUUCAAGUACUCCUUCCUCUUCUCCUCUCACUCGUUCUUGUCCAUACGAUGUCUUUUUGAGUUUUAGAGGUGAUACACGAAACAACUUCACUGGCCAUUUGUACACUUAUUUGGUUCAGAAGGGAAUCAAAACCUUCAUAGAUAACGAAGAGCUUAGAAAAGGAGAAGAAAUAUCAUCUUCACUUCUCAAGGCAAUUCAAGGUUCGAAGAUUUCUAUACUCAUCUUUUCUGAAAACUACGCAUCCUCAGGGUGGUGUUUGGAUGAGCUUGUUGAGAUCCUUAAAUGUAAAGAGUUGAAGCAGCAACUAGUUUGGCCCAUUUUUUACAAAGUGGAUGCCUCCGAUGUACGGUGCCAGAAAGGUAAAUAUGGUGAGGCACUAGCUAAACAUGAGAUCAGAUUCAAAGACAACAUGGACAAGGUGAAAAGAUGGAGGACGGCUCUGAGGGAUGCGGCUAAUAUAUUAGGGUGGACUUUCUCCGACGGGCACGAAGCUAACUUCAUCAGUAAGAUUGCCGAAGAGAUUUCAGCACAAGUAUCAAAACGUAGUUGCUUAAAUGUCGCAAAGUAUCCAGUUGGAAUAGAGUCUCGUGUACAAAAUCUGCUUGAGCUUUUAGAUGUCGGAGGAAGUGAUGUUCGCAUGGUUGGUAUAUGGGGUAUUGGAGGAAUAGGCAAAACAACAAUUGCUAAAGAAUUAUUCAACUCAUUCCGCCAUAAGUUUGAAGGUUGGUGUUUCUUGGCAAAUGUUAGAGCAGCUUCAGUACCCCAUCAAGGCCUAGUUCAACUACAAAAUAAUCUUCUUAAUGAGAUCUUAGGGGGGCAGAAAAUGGAGAUGACUGAUGCUGAUAGAGGAAUCCAGGUGAUAAAGGACAGAUUGGGUAGUAAAAGGGUUCUCUUAGUUCUUGAUGAUGUGAAUGAAUUGAACCAGUUGGACAAAUUAGCUGGAGGACUGGAUUGGUUUGGUCGUGGCAGCAGAAUUAUCAUAACUACAAGAGAUAAAGGUUUGCUAAUUUCUCACCAAGUUAACCCAAUAUACACAGCCAAGGCAUUAGAUGACGAUGAAGCUCGUAACCUCUUGAUUUUGAAUGCCUUCAAGGGAAACAAAAAUCCAGAUGAGUGUGUGAAGUUCCCAAUUGAUACUGCUGUACGCGUUGCUCACUGCCUUCCAUUAGCUAUAAACAUUUUAGGUUCACUUCUUGUCGGUAAGGAUAUAAAUCAUUGGCAUGAUGUAUUAAAAUCUUACAAAAGAUAUCCAAACAGAGGUAUCCAAAAGGUCCUUGAAACAAGUUACAGUGCAUUGGAAGAUCAUUUGAAAGAAGUAUUUCUCGACAUUGCAUGUUUCUUAAAAGGUAAAAAAAAAGACUAUGUGAUGCAAGCACUAGAGGAUCCCUACCCGGCACAUGCUCUUGAAGUACUUGAAGAAAAGGCCCUCAUAAAUACCGAGACUGGUCGGAUUUGGACGCAUGACUUGCUGGAGGAAAUGGGAAAAGAUAUAGUUCAUAAAGAGUCACCCAUAGAUGCAGGCAGGCGUAGCAGGGUAUGGUUCCAUGAGGAUGUUCGUCGUGUUUUAACUGAAAAUAUGGGCUCAAAUCACGUUAAAGGCAUCAGAGUAGAGCUACCAGGAGAAGAUGAGAUAUGCUUGAGUCCUAAAUGCUUUAAAAAGAUGAAAAAUCUUCAACUUUUUAUAAACAUCAAUGCACGGUUCUCUGGAGAGGUUAAUUAUCUUCCAAAUCAGUUGAGGUUCCUUGAUUGGCCUGGAUUCCCAGCACAAUCUUUACCAUCCGACUUCAAUCCCCAAAAACUUGUCGAGCUCAAUAUGCGAAACAGUCGCAUCUCACGACUUGGGGAAGGACUCAAGAAUUUGCAAAAUUUGAAAUCUCUAAGCUUCAGAAGUUGCAAAUUCUUAACAGAGAUCCCUGACUUGUCUGGAAGGUUCCCGAACUUGGAGAGGUUGAAUUUAAGGGGCUGUACAAAUUUAGCCGAGUUGCACCAUUCUGUUGGAUCACUUGAGAACCUUGUGCGCUUCGAUCUCAACGAUUGCUAUAACCUUAAGAUGUUUCCAAGAAUAGUCAAAAUGAAAUCUCUGAAAUAUAUUACUUUUCGCGGCUGCAAGAGACUGGAGAAAUUCCCAGAAAUUGUGGGAAGGAUGGAAUCCUUGGUUAGCAUGAAUGUAUCUGGAACUGCCAUCACAGAAGUGCCUUCAUCAAUUGGACACCAACUCUAUAAUCUCAAAGAGCUGUACUUACGCGGAUGUGAAAAUCUUACGACUCUUCCGCUCAGCAUUUUUGAAUUACAACGUCUAUUGAAUCUUGGACUCGGAGGUUGCCCAAAACUGGCGCCAACUCCAUGUUCUAAUAAGGUGGAAUACCCUGAAGCGUCCAACUCAAACAUUUCACAUUACGGCAAGCAAAUUUCAUCAGACUCUGAUCAAGGCAAUUUAGCGUUUCCUUCGCUAUUCUCCCUCAGUAUUUCAGACUGUGGUUUCCUUGUGACGCUUGAUCAUGCCCCCGCCUUACACACGCUUGAUCUUUCAUUCAGCAAUUUUGUGAGUCUUCCCGCUGGACUUGCCAAAUUAAUCGUAUUGAAGAGGCUUAAUUUAAAAGAGUGCAAGAACCUUCAAGAGGUUCCGGAACUUACACCAAAUUUAGAAAUUUUGGAGGUGAGUGGUUGCGUAUCAUUGGAAAGGAUUUCAAAGUUAUCAAGCAUUUUGAAACGUCAAGAAUCGCAAAUGUUCAGAGACCUGGACUUUUCCUAUUGCUGGAGACUGUAUGGCAAUCUGGUCGAGGAGGCCAAGAAGGAACUACCUUUGUUAGUGAAUGAUAAAAUUGAUAAUCAUCAUCAUCAUGAGGGGAAGGCCGAUCUCUUGUCUCUUUUUCUCUCUUCUCAGAAGUCUGAAUUCAGGAUUGUGUUUACAGCAAGUGAUGAAAUGCUAGAGUGGUUCAGCUGUCGAAUGGGCUUGGAAGAGGAUAGAGUACUGUAUGAAUAUGAUAUUGAAGUCCUUCCUAAUUUCAAAUGGGAGAAUACAGGAGUAACAGGACUGGCUCUAUGUGAAAGGCAUGUACAAUUUAAAUUCGAAAUUCGUAUCGACGAAGUACUAGUAGUGACGAGACACAGUGUCGUUAGUCAUGGUGCGUGGCUGCAAUAUAUUCCGUUCGAUGGAAUGGAUAUGAGUGGGUUUGGUUAUCGUCGACCGGUGCCACCUUUUCGAUGUCGAGUUAGUUUUCAUCCAGACGUCUAUCCUGGCAUGGGUCCCCUGAAAAGCUGCGGAGUGCAUCUAGUAAUGCCACCAAAUGAAGAGAGUAUGAAAUUAAACUAUAAAGACUCUGAUGUUGAACUCGGGUCAAGUGACGCUAACAGCGAGUUGGCAAAUAGCUAUAGAGGAGAAGAAGGGCCGUCACGACUCAAGAAGAGAGCCAACAACACCAGCAAUGGACAACAAGCAGAAAAAUGA